GGACUGGUACAUGAAUGGGAACUACCUGGUGAUACUGGUUUCCGUCACCAUUAUCCUGCCCCUGGCCCUGAUGAAACAGCUGGGCUACCUCGGCUAUGCCAGCGGCUUCUCCCUCAGCUCUGACUGUCUCGUGUCCCCCCAACACCAGGUCAUCUACAAGAAGUUCCAGAUCCCCUGCCCGCUCCCUGAGCAGGAGGGGAACUUCACAGGCAGCCUCAACACCACCCCUGUCAGCACCAGCGACUACCAAAACGGCUACACUGUCCUCCAAGCACCUGACCAGGGCACCUGCACUCCCAGCUUCUUCACCCUGAACUCCCAGACAGCGUACACCAUCCCCAUCAUGGCCUUCGCCUUCGUCUGCCACCCUGAAGUCCUGCCCAUCUACACUGAGCUGAAGGACCCCUCCAAGAAGAAGAUGCAGUGCAUCUCCAACAUCUCCAUCAUGGUCAUGUACCUCAUGUACUUCUUGGCCGCUCUCUUUGGGUACCUCACGUUCUAUGGUCGGGUGGAGUCAGAGCUGUUGCACACCUACAACAAAGUGGACCCCUUCGACGUGCUCAUCCUGUGUGUGCGGGUGGCCGUGCUGACGGCUGUCACCCUCACUGUCCCCAUCGUCCUCUUCCCGGUACGACGGGCCAUCCAGCAGAUGCUGUUCCAGGGGAAGGACUUCAGCUGGAUCCGCCACGUCACCAUUGCCGUGGUCCUGCUGACUUUCAUCAACCUCUUGGUCAUCUUCGCCCCCUCCAUCCUCGGCAUCUUUGGCUUGAUCG